AUGGCCUUGCACCACACGCCCAGGCGCUACGUCCCCGUCUUCGACGUCCGCACGCGGUGCCUCAGCUUCGGCCCCCGGAUGCGGAGGGACCCGAGCGCCCCAAUCUACGUACCCGUCGCGGACAGGCUCUACGGCCUGGAUUUCGACACCUUCGAGAUGCUCCAUCCGCCUCCGCCGCUCGUCGACCCCAACUGCGGCAUGGACGUGCCCAAGUGGCGGUCGUGGCGCCGCCUCCCGCCGCCGCCCUUCAAGCGCGAGCGCGUCACCUCUCACGCCGUGCACCAUGACGGACGAACCAUCUUCGUCAGCGUCGACGGCAAGACCGGCGCCACGUUCAGCUUCGACACCACGGCGAGCUCCCCCCGCUGGAUGCGCAGCGGCAACUGGAAGCUGCCCUUCAAGGGCCCCGCGCACUAUGACUGUGACCUGGACGCCUGGGUUGGCCUCGCCCGAGACCCGGACAUGCUCGGCCACCUCUGCUCUUGUGACGUGCCGUCUACCGGUGACGACGACGGGGACUACAACGGCGGUAGAGAGCCCCCGGCCUGGAAGCUCAGCAAGGAGAAGCUCUUCUGUGAGGACCCAAACGAGAAGCACAUCGGCGCCGCCCUUGUCUACCUGGACACGGGCUGCAGAAGCAUGUUCUGUCUCGUGCAGUGUCUCUCCCUGGACGACCGUGAGGAGGGCAUGUACAGGGAGUACCUGCCUGAGCGUGAGCGCUACUUGCUUCGACUGACCACGUUUUCGCUGGUGAAUGACAAGAAUGGAGACCUCCGCACCGCCGCGCGCCGUCGCGUUCGGUCCUUUGAACUGCCCAAGUCAGUGACGGAAUACUCUGCCUUCUUGGUGGAUCCUGUGGCAUUCUGGAUGUAA